GUUUGGAAAUGAGGCCUCGAGGUUGGGUGUCCUGAGCCGGUGCGAGCCUGGUUUCCAGUCCUCUGGGUUCACAAAGGAUUCGCGCGUUAUGCCAUUUUGUUCCCUGCAAUGUGCGUGGCAGCCCCUCGCGGAGAUUUCGUGAGCGCCCCGCCCCUAAAGGAGGCCCGCGGCCGGGCGUGGUGGAGGCCAGGAAGCCGAGGAAGACGGGUGCGCUGGGCGAACCUGGGCGGCCCCUUCGCGCUCGGCGGGAGCGGCGCGCUUUUCCUGGGCUCGUGUGCGUGGUCCUUGUCCGGAGGCUGCUCACUGUCACUCGGGGAGAGAAAAACCAUCGAGUCCAGCAUUGCUCUGAGCAAUCGGGAGAAUGUCUCUUUUCCCCAAAGUAGCCUUGAGACUUGAGGUUGAAAACUAUCUUAAAGAGGGCUUUCUGAAUAAGGAGGUUGUAUUGGCUUUCAAUAAACAAGAAGCAGAAAGGAAGUUUGAAACUCUGUUAAAUCACCUGUCACACCCUCCAUCAUUCACAACUGUCAGAGUAAAUACACAUCUAGCCUCAGUGCAACAUGUGAAAAAUCUGUUAUUUGAUGAACUUCACAAGCAGUUUAAUGGAUUAACUGUUCCUAUUCUUCAACAUCCAGACCUUCAGGAUGUCUUACUUAUUCCUGUUAUUGGACCUAGGAAGAACAUAGCAAAACAACAAUGUGAAGCCAUUGUUGGAGCCCAGUGUGGUAAUGCCGUAUUAAGAGGAGCCCAUGUCUAUGUUCCAGGAAUUGUGUCAGCUUCAAAAUUUAUGAAAGCUGGAGAUGUUGUUUCUGUAUACUCUGAUAUUAAAGGCAAAUGUAAGAAAGGAGCCAAGGAAUUUGAUGGAGUAAAAGUAUUUCUUGGAAAUGGGAUUUCUGAAUUAAGCCGCAGAGGAAUCUUCAGUGGGCUACCUGAACGGAAAGGUAUAGGCAUAAGAAUGACAGAACCAGUGUAUCUCAGCCCUUCAUUUGACAAUGUACUGCCCAGCUACUUAUUUUUACAGAAUUUGCCAUCUGCUGUUGUAACUCACGUUCUGGAUCCUCAACCUGGAGAGAAGAUUCUAGAUUUGUGUGCAGCACCUGGAGGCAAAACAACACACAUUGCAGCACUAAUGCAUGAUCAGGGAGAAGUAAUAGCCCUGGAUAAACUACCCAACAAAGUUAAAAAAAUAAAAGAGAAUGCUUUAUUAUUAGGGCUGCAUUCCAUUAGGGCUUUUUGCUUUGAUGGAACAAAGGCGCUUAAACUUGAUAUGGUUAAGGACACAGAAGGAGAUCCCCCAUUCUUACCAGAAUCUUUUGAUCGAAUUCUUCUUGAUGCACCCUGCAGUGGACUGGGGCAGAGACCAAACAUGGCUUGUUCUUGGACUUUGAAGGAAGUGACAUCAUAUCAACCCUUACAGCGAAAACUCUUUACUGUGGCAGUGAAGCUGCUGAGGCCAGGGGGAGUGCUUGUUUACAGCACCUGCACCAUCACGCUGGCAGAGAAUGAGGAACAAGUGGCCUGGGCCCUCACAGCAUUUCCUUGCCUUCAGCUUCAGCCCCAGGAACCACACAUUGGAGGACAAGGAAUGCUGGGAGCUGGCCUGUCAUUUGAACAAUUGAAACAGCUGCAGCGAUUUGAUCCAUCUGUUGUGCCAUUACAGGACAUGGACAUUGAUUCUCUCAAAGAGGCCAGAGUAGAAGACAUGAUUUGGCUUGCAAAUAAGGAUUGUAUAGGUUUUUUCAUUGCAAAAUUUGUAAAAUGCAAAAGUAUGGAGGAGAAGGAUCCUUAGAAAUGAAAGUUCCGAACAUUU